ACUCCGGUAGUAACAGCAGAAAGUGAGUGGUGGUCACGGAAAGCGACUUAAAACUUGAGAAGAGUAGAAGAUGGACAAGUUGCGUAGAGUGUUAAAUGGACAUGAAGAUGAGGAGCGCGGGUUAACAGCUCAAGUUUUGGAUUCAUCGUCACUAAAUUUUGGUACUCGAGUGAAAUGGUUUGCAGUAUGCUUUAUUUUGGGAAUUGCAUUUUCGAUUCUUGGGAGUGCACUUCUUUGGGUUCCUGGUGCAGGAAUAAAACUUUUUGCCGUAUUUUUUACACUAGGAAAUGUUGCUGCCUUAGCCAGCACUUGCUUUCUUAUGGGACCGGUGAAACAGCUUAAAAAAAUGUUCGAACCAACCAGACUUAUUGCUACAGUAGUUAUGUUGCUUUGUCUAAUUUGUACCUUAUGUGCUGUGUUUUGGUGGAAAAAGAAAGGACUGGCACUUCUCUUCUGCAUCUUGCAGUUCCUUGCAAUGACAUGGUACAGCAUCUCCUACAUUCCAUUUGCAAGGGAUGCCAUUAUUAAAUGCUUUUCCAGCUGUUUGAAUUGAAGUGCAAACACAAGAUUGUUGUUGCAAAAAUGGAUGGACCAUUCUGACACCGCUUUUUUGUGCAAAGCACAAAUAUAUGAUUUCAGUAAACAAGAGUUUUUUUCUAAAUG